AUGCCCUCUCCUACGCUCUCAAGUUUGCCAACUGAGCUCAUCACCCACAUCAUCGACCGUGCUGACCCAUCCUCACAUCUAAACCUCGCCUGCGCAUGCAGUCAUCUCUUCAAGUGCGCGAAAAAGACUCUCACCCAUCAUCGAGAGGCCCAUCGAAAGUUCUCUGUUAUCUCAGACCUUGACCCCUCAACUAUCCCCACCCUUCUUCGCAGCGCCUCUGGUAUCACCAGCCCCAUCGACGCCUGGCAUGUCAAACAUCUUGAGCUCUGGGGACCGAGGUGGGACUGGACCGAAUGGAGACCUUGGUCUUUGCGCAAAACAGCUGAACAAGCUGGAGCCCCAAGGCAAAGGCGACGGCAUGCCUUUGAGAAAGCACCGUGCUUAGAAUGGGUGAUUCCUCGUUGGGAACUAGCUCACUACUUGAAAAUCAUGCGGGAGGAACUGGGCUUACCAGAGAACGUGGUGGACUUGGCACGCGUAGAAUUUCAGCGAGGCUGCGAUAGCGUCAUGCAGAUGCUUCUUAUCGUGCUAUGUCCACAGCUAGAAAGCCUAAAAUUCAUGUACAACCGAUACGACGAGGUUGAGAGUCGUCGAGGUCUUCACUGGCUCACAUUCGUUAUGGGAAAGAGCUGGCUUGAUAGCUCGUGGCCUCUAGGUCUUCAAAGCCUCCGAGAUGUUGCCGUAGGCUUAACAUCAAAGACUUGUCUUGACGACGAUAUGGGAUAUCUCUGCUACCCUUGUAGCUAUUUCACAGGCUUGAUGAAACUUCCAAACCUUAGAUCCUUGUACUUUGAAGGACUGCGACCACGAGAUCGUCCCGAGAUCGAUGGUGAGGAUGUGGUUGCUGCAAACAGACAUCUUGGUGACGACAGAGCACUUGAGCCUUCAACUACCAUCAGUCUUCGAGAUGCAGCUGAUGCGCUGCCGGCCAGAUGCUCGAGCGUAGAAAAUUUGUAUCUCAAAGACAGAUGCGACUACGUCAAUACUGUGGAGCUAGCCGCAGCGCCGAGAGCUCUUAAAUCAUACACUAUACACGUCGGUCUGCUUAGUUCCUACCAAGUCAACAAACAGUUAAAGUUUAUGGUUCAAGAACAACGCGAGUCGCUCGAAAGUAUCAUGAUCUACGAUGCUGCCAAAUUUCUAGGAUAUAGUUGCACACUGUAUGAGCUUGGCCGUGGUAUUUCAGUAAGCGAGUGCACAAAUCUGCGCCAGAUUCACGUCGAGAGGAUUGACUUUCUGACAUGUGCUUACUACAUAUUUCCUUGGAGUGACGGCGAAAUUCAGGAGGUGGUAGAAGUUUGGGAAGAUGCUAGUAAGCACCAAGACUGCGCUGAGGCGAUCGCCGGUUAUCUCCCUCCUUCCCUCGAGGUCCUCAUAUUGGGAAAUUCCGCGGGGAUCACGUCGAUGGAAAUGGAGGAGGAUAUUUUGAUGCGGAUAAUACUCUCGAAUAAGCUUCCAUGUCUGAAGGCGAUCUUUAUUGAGCUUCCAGAUGAUGGGGGUGAGAUCUAUUCGCUUGCGAAAUUAUAUGAGGUUGGCUGGGAAAAAGGCGUCGAUAUCCGUGUUAAGACGAAUCCCCAAGGACCUCGACAUCAGAUUCAGUUACCCAUGGCGCCUCAAGCUAUCAGCCAUCAACCACGCCAGAAUGCUCAACAGUCUGAGUUUGAUCCGUUCAAAGGAUGUUGGAUAGAGGGCCUAGGGGAAACGCAGGUUGAAGAACAGACUGGCGACGUGUCUGUCGACGAUGUAUUUGAGGCCUUGGAUGAGGAGGUUGAAACUGAUGAUGACUGUCCUGACUUGCAUCGUCAGUACGAUGGUUAG